AAAGGAGAUAAGUAGAAAUACAGCUGUAGCUGGGAGAGGGCUUCAAUUUACCAUCUUUGUGGAGAAAGAUAAAGGCUGACAAGGUGAGGAAGUAAAGAUGCUGUGGACUCUAUUGGUCGUUUCUCUGAUUGGAAGUGCACACUUCAAAGAUACAAGAGCUCGCUGCCAAAUAGAAGACAUAAGAUGUAAUGGGACAACUUCUCAGUCAACAGACUAUAUAGACAAUAUAGAUAACUCCCAUAUCCCCUAUAUCGCUGACAGAGCUAUUGAUGGGGAUCUGAACAAAUGUGCUCACACACUGCAACUGAACAACUCCUGGUGGAGAAUUGACCUGCUCGGUGUCUACAGAAUUUCCAACAUCACAAUCUACAACAUAAAACAAGAAAAUGCUGAUAUGAGCGGUGCUCGGAUAUACAUUGGGAACUCUCGUCAGAACAACGGCACCGCCAACCCAUUGCGUAGAACCAUCCAAAACUUCAUAACAAACGAUUUCAAUUACUAUGUAUUUAAUACAACAGUGUCGGGGCGCUACAUCACGGUGUUUUUACCGGAGGUAAAAAAUUUAAUUCUGUGUGAAGUGAUGAUCUUCGGCAUAAUAAAAGAAUCAAGCUUUGAGCUGGUCAAAGAGAAGAAGACGUGGGAAGAUGCCCUGUACUACUGCAGGGACAGAGACAUGGACCUGGCUUCCAUUGUUGACGAAGACACCCAGGUCUGGGCUGAGUUGGAGGCCCAGAAGGCUGACACUCCUUUUGUGUGGCUGGGCCUUCGCUACACCUGCACCCUCAACUUCUGGUUCUGGGUCGAUGAUCAGCGCUUAGAAUUCAAUCGCUGGGCUCCAAAUAGUAAGACAGAAGAUUGUGACAUGAGUGUUGCCAUGGACAGACAAGCGGACCAUCUCUGGUACAGCAAGCUUGACGACAAGAUGUUUAAUUUCAUCUGUGCAAAGUAGCCUACAUGUGAGAAAUCAAUGUUUUGCUGUUCUCUGUCCAUUUUUUUCAUUUGAACGUGUGUCGUGUGUCAGUGGGGACAUUGUUGUGUUGUUGUGUUAUAGCAAAUAUUUUUUAGGGGUGCCGGCAUCAAGUUUAGGGGUACUUCAGCACCUGUAAAAAAGGGUUAAAAUUGCCCCUGGCUUUAGAAACUAUUUAUUUAUUAGUUUCACUCUGUGUUUUAGGCCAUGCAUGCACUCACUUUGUAGAUAUUUGGAAUAUGUUUAAAGUUGAAGUUUGAAGUUGUGUCAAUGUAUCCAUUUGAAUUUAUGAUACCGUAAUAUAAUGAUUAUAUGAUAGAUCAAUCAUUUCCAGUGUUAUAAUAUGUAAGAACAUUAAGAAAAGCUUUUUUUUUCUCU